AUGGCGAUUCGAACGCUCCAGCAAAACAAACUGAACGUGAAGGGGUGCCUGGUGGCUAGAGAGCCGCGAGCGGGUCAAGCUGCCUGUGCUACUGGAGGCACUACACCAGACUAUGUACCACCAAAAGCCAGCUUGGGGAGGGAAGCUCAGGUAAUUCUUUCCGUAGAAAGAAUGUGUGGCAAGGGCAUGGUAUGCCAGUGGGGGCUUUACAACAGACAGACCUGUAAUGACAAGUUAAAGGAUGACUCGAGAAAGGACAACAGCAAACACUGGUACAAGUGCGGAAAGCAACAAGGAUGGCGGUGGAAAAGGGGAAGGGCACAUGGAUACCCCGAGCCUCGCAGACUGAAUCGGCGGAGACCACGUCCCUCAGGUACCGUCUUGCGCCCAGUAAACAUCAAGGGAAACCGAGCUCCAGGCAUGAGAGCACCAAGAAAUACCAACCAGUUUCUUAUGCACGAGAAGUAUCAGAUGAUGCACAUGCGAUCUGAUUCUGUGGGAACGGACAGUGGAUCGGACUGUGAAAUGGAUUUUGCGGAUAUGGACUCUUAUCUCGGUGUUUUAGAGAACGCUAGAGGCGCACUGUUGGACAGUCUUGAGCUCACUCCACCGCCAUCAGCUUUAUUCUGUCCUCAACAAUUGGCCAAAUGUCAAGCGUUUCCCUUUUUCAGCUUCGCCGAGCUCGACAAAGAAGAAAGUAUGCAGUAUUAUCCAUCCGAAGAUGACGUCAAUCAAAGUGAAGAUUUCAUGCAAAAAGACUUCACUGAGUUUUGUAGACUUGUACAAUAACCACAACCAUGUAAAAGAGGACCAGUUUGCCUUCCUGACAGAGAUUUGAACAUUUUAUGUUUAGGCUACAUUUAACAGGGGCAAGAACCUUGACCGUUUAGGUUUUUCAUACAUUAAGAUAUAUUUGUAUAUUGCCAUAGCCUAUAAUCAUGCUGUUCUGUUUUGACGGGUGUUGGGGUAGGAGUGUGACUAAGUAGCCAAUCACGUUCCAGCUUGUCCGACGCUAACAAACGCAACUUCUUGACAUUUUGAAGUUACUAAUGCAAACGUUAUUGAGAAAUAAAAACAAACUUUUAGACGGUG